AUGGUGCUACACAGGGCCAUACAGGCAGCGCGGGAGGGGGACUUGGCAGGCCUGAGGGAGUUGAGGGCUGCUGGGUGUCUGUCGGAGACCAUCACUGACACCCAGGGGGCCGGACCCGUGCACCACGCUGCGCGGUUAGGUCGCCUGGACUGCCUGAAGUUCUUAGUCGCCGAUGCCGGACUACCGGGUAACACACGGGCCCGGAACGGAGCCACGCCUGCACACGACGCUGCAGCCACAGGACACGUCAGAGAACUGCAGUGGCUCGUGGAGUUUGGGGGAUGCCAUGUGCGGGACCGGGAUGCAGCAGGAGCCACAGGCCUUCACUUGGCUGCUCGUUUUGGGCAGGUGGCGGUGGUUCAGUGGCUGCUGUCGGUGGGCGCCGGAGCUCAGGACACGACGGUCUGCGGGGCAAUGCCUGCCCACUACGCCACAGCGAAGGGAGACCUCACCUGUCUAAAGCUGUUGAUUCGUCAGGCACCAGGGUGUGUGAACUGUCAGACUGGCAUGGGUGCCACCCCUCUUUACCUGGCCAGUCAGGAGGGGCACCUGCACAUAGUGGAGUACCUGGUGAAGGAUUGCGGGGCGGACGUUCACCUGCGGGCACACGACGGCAUGAGUGCUCUCCACGCUGCAGCCCACAUGGGCCACCACGCUCUCGUCGUGUGGCUGGCCACCUUUACAGACAUCAGCUUGUCGUGCCAGGACACAGAGGGGGCGACAGCGCUGCAUUUUGCUGCCAGCGCCGGGCACCACAGGAUCCUGGAGCGGCUCCUGCGUCUGGGGGCCCAGGUGCUGCAGGACUACUGGGGAGGGACACCCCUGCACGACGCUGCUGAGAACGGAGAGAUGGAGUGCUGCAGGAUCCUGUUGGCGGGCAGCGUUAGCCCCUCAGAGCGGGAUGUGGACGGCUUCACUGCAGCUGACCUGGCCGAGUACAACGGCCACUACGACUGUGCCAACUACCUGCGUGCCGUGGAGCGAAAUCCAUCCGCCACUGAUAAUCCUAUUGAAGAGGCAUUUCCCAUCGAGGAGGAGGAAGCGAGAGGAAAGCAGAGUGUUUCCUGGAAGCCCAGCGCUGAGGACUAUUACCGCCACCUCAGCCACCCUCGCCAAGAAGCGUCCAGUAACGUCCCAAAGAUGGACAGCCUGAAGCAACCAGAGACGGAAGAAUGCCCCCAGGCCCGGCAUCCCGCGGCGUCCAAAGGACCAUCUCCCCCGAGCCUGAGUGGUGGCGUGAGCCCACUGAUGAAGACCGACCUCCAGAUAAACAGCUCUGUCAUGAGGAACUUCCAACUGACCAAGCCAGCGGAAGCAGAGAAGAAGCUUCCUGGCGAUACGAAGCAUGUUGUUAGCCUCAAACACGCCGGCAUGACAGCGGUCUUCACCGGACAAGCUAGCAAGAUGGUGGUGUUGCCCACAGAGGAGGCCAACCUGUCUGACAUCGACUCUCUGGUUCCCACGCACGAUGAGAGAGGGAGGCCCAUCGCUGAGUGGAAGAGGCAGGUGAUGGUCAGGCAGCUGCAGGCCAGACUCCUGGAUGACGAGGCCCAGAGAAGAAAGGAGAAUGGGAACAGGUACCCAAAGAUGGACAGCUGGAGGUACUCCCACUCCCACAAUGCCAUCCUGGGCCCUUUCGGCGAGAUGCUGACUGAAGACGACCUCAUCUACCUGGAGAAGCAGAUCGAGAGUGUGUCCAUGCAGCGGAACUGCGAGGGCUACGAGAUGGAGCUGGCCCGCCUGGCCGAGGAGCUGCGCCACAUCCUGCCCGCACCCAUCGUCAACAUCAGCGUCAACACCCAGUUCCGCAACUUCCAGAGCCAAGUGCCGCUUCCCGUGUGGUGCAACCGGAUAUCGGGGAUCGUGAAGAGCAUGUCCCUGCUCAUGACCAACCUGACGGACCAGCCCUACUGCAAGAUGUUCAACAAUGACCUGGUGACGGUCUUCUCCGAGAUGCAGACCACCAAGAGGGGCCACAGGGAGAAGAUCGAGAAUGAGAUCCACCAGUUCGGCGUGUCUGUGCGCAACCUGAAGUCCAAUUUCGAGAACCAGGUCUGUACACCUGAGGGGGUUGAGGAAGACGUGACCACCAUCUCCAUCCAGGAGGCUCCUGUAGAGAAUACUGUUGAGGUGGAACCACCUAAGAGUAGUUCUCCAUUGCCUGAGCCAGACCCGGGUAACGACUCAGGUAUAGAUUACAAUGAGAAUGUUGUGGAUGUCAUGGAAACAACCAGCUUGCGCAAAGAACGAAUCGUGGUGCUGUUCCUGGGCCACUGGAAGAAGUCGGCCUACACCGUGACGCUGAAGACCAGGGAAGCAGAGAGGAAGCUGAGCUUACCCGAGGCUUCUGAAAAGAACAUCGUCUCCCGCAAAACAAGCGCUGAGGUGGUAUCCCAGAAGAAGAGCAUUGAUUAUGGCUCCCUGGGAACGUUCUUCAAGCAGCGCAGCACCAUCAACAAAAUGCUGGGCAACUGGCGGAGCAUGAUAUCCAGUGUCCCCUCGCGCCAGAUCCGGCGCCUCAACCGGCAGCAGGCCCUCUUCUCGCCCGAGCAGUUCCUGCCCCGUGUGGACGGCGCGCCAGUGAGCUACGACAGCCUGACCCUUGACCUCUUCAUGCUGGGCUACUUCCACAUCCUGGAGCUGGACUUGCCCCCGGAUGAGCGGAAGAUGAGACACCUGCUCUGCUUCGAGGUGUUUGACCAUGUGGGCCGCUUCACCUGGGAGACGGUCCGUGACUUCCACAAGGCGGUCGUCCAAGACAUAGAGGCCGGGAACCGGGAGUGGAAGGACGGAUUUGAGGACAUCAAAGUGAGGUUUUUUGGCGCCGGGUCUGGCCAGGCCGAGCUUCCCAGUCCGGAGAAGACUCCGCAGGUGGAGAGGAGGCCAGUACCUAAAGUCAUUGUCCAGACCCCAACUCCAGAUGAAGGGGCCACGUUGAAGAAAGGAAUGGACAUUUCCAGUUUCAGUAAUGAGGAGAUCUGCAAGUACAUUGACCGCAGUUUUGCCUUUUGGAAAGAGAAGGAGGCGGAAAUUUUUGAUUUUGAGUAG